AUGAUUCCAGACCUCUUACUCGCCCUCAUGGGCGUCCCCGGCGACGUGUUCGAGCUCGAUCCGACGUCGAACGACGCCGUCGUCGACCGACUCAGAGUCGCCGAUGGCUUGCACUUUAUAAAACGACACGAAGUCGAACGACUGAACGCCCUCGUGCGCGUCGGCGGCGCGUACCGAACGCUCGAACGCGUGACGACGAUCGAAAGCACGAAAGCGUCGUUCGCGACGACGCCGCAGUCGCUGUACCGACGAGCGCUCGCGAUCGGAAUUCAAGAAAGAUUGCGCGAGUACGAGGAGGAAAUUUUAAAACUGGAACAAGAGACGCUGCGACGAGGAACGACGAGCGGAGCGGUGAAUGCGAUCGAAAGCGCGCUGAGCGAUGAUGGUGCGGUGUUGACGAUGAUGUGCGAACGCUUUGUCUCGGUGUUUGAAGGGGAGAAUGCGCUGAGGGGGGGAGAUGUGAUUCGACAAACGCGCGACGCGUGGCUUCGAGCGGGACAUCCCGCGGCGCGCGAGGCGUGCGGGAGAUUGUAUUGGAAGGUGAUGCAGGUGAUGAUGCAGCAAUUGUUAGGGUGGUGUGCGCACGGGACGAUCGUGGAUCCGUACGAUGAGUUUUUCGUGCGGACGAUCGCGCGGAAAGAGGGGUACGAGGUGAAGGAUGACGCGAAGGAUGACGGGAGCGUGAUUUGGCACGAGAGCCAUCGCGUGGCAUUGGAACGUUUGCCGCCGGGGGUGGAGCUGUCCACGGCAGAGUCGGUGUCGUUCAUCGGACGUGGCGUGCGUAUACUGACACAUCCGACGAGAGGUGGGAAUAUGCGUGGUCAUUUCGAUGCGGAUGGGUACGCCAUGCGCGCGACGUCGCGCAUUCGGCGUCUCGCCGCGGCGGAGUCAUUCGAUCCUCGCGACUUUGAAGCGGAGGUGGAGGCUAUGCGCUCGGAGAUCGCGGCAUCGUUGGGUGAGGUGUUGUUGAACGAUUCUGGCUUGAUAUCGCACUUGAACGCGAUGUGUGGGUUCUACUUUCUCGGAAAGGGUGACUUUUAUACCACGUUUUUGGACGAGGCGCGCGAGCUCUUCUCGUUGCCACCCAAACCGGGAAGCGCGACGCGCGAGCUGUCCACGCCGUUCGCGCAAGCCGCCGUGAGUACGAUCGUCGACGAAGCAUUAGCAUCAAGGUUUAGAUUAGCGUACACGUCUGCGUUGACGCAGCAGUCUGAAGAUGAAAAAUCUUCGACAACCGCGACGCCGUCUAGCGCGUUUGUGCCUCGCGUGCGUAUUCCCGAGUAUGACGCUUGGGACGGCGUUAGCCUCGAGUGUGAGGUUCACUGGCCCAUGGGUAUUUUUCUCACAAACGACACCCUGGAUAGAUACAAGACGAUAUUUAAGUACCUCUUCCGGCUCAGGCGCGUGCACUUUGAUCUUCAAGAUGCGUGGAUUCAUUUACGUCGAAGCGGUUUGACGCGGACGCUUCGACUUCGUCACGUGAUGGAUCAGUUGAUUGAAAACUGGCGCACGUAUAUUCAAGUCGAUGUCAUCGAAACGGAGUUCAAGAAAAUGCUCGAUAAGAUUGCUGAAACGACGGAUUUUAACAAGUGUGCGCUCGCACACCGGCAAUAUCUCGCCGCCAUCAUGGCGCACUCAUUUCUCGACGUCGGUUCAAUCAUGACAAUUUUCGAAGACAUUUUCGGGCUCGCGCGAGAGCUGUGCGAGACGAGCGCGCGAUACGCCAACGGACAACCGCUACCUGCAGAUUGGGACGAGCGCAUCGCGUAUCUGACUCGGCAGUUUGAAAAGAACUCUGUUGAACUUUACGACAACUUGCGCGGCGGUUACGUCGUAGAACUGCCCGAAUUGCGAGCGUUGUUGAUGCGAUUCAAUUUCAACGAAUUCUUCGAGAACACGAC